AUAAAUCAUGGAGAUGAUUUCUCUUAAAUGCGGACGACUAUAAAAAAAAAAAACGAGGUAGAGUACUUUCUCAGACGUGCCAAUGAAUAAAUAAAUGAAUGCAUGAAUCCCAUCAUCUCGCAUAUCCCAGCCUUCUUAGCGACGUGACUGCGAGUGUGAGCGUGACUGCGAGUGAUGUGCUUCUUCCAUUAUCCAGCUCCCAAGCCCCGGCACAAGAAGGCAAAGAAGCAGGCGAGUCUGCGGCGGGCAGUCGGCGGUGAGGUGGUCCACGACGUUGCGUACGAAGCAGCGGGCGAGGCACUUCAUCAGGAAGCGGCGGGUGUAGGAGGAGCGGCCGCGAUGAUGUACCAGCCCUACCUCAAUUACCUCCCAUACGGCGUGGAGCAGUAUCUUCAAGACGAAGCCGGCCACGCGGCGCGUGGCGCGUGGGCCCCGCCGGGAGAGGCGCUCGACCGCGCGCUGGGCGCGGCCGAUGAGCUCGGGAAGAAGGUAGAGGAGCUGAAGGGCCUCGUUGGCGGCGGGGUCGCGGUCGCCGGAAGCGCUCAGGACACCCUCGAGCGGACCCGUGAUGAUGUUCACCACGCCCACGCAGCUGUCAAGGGCGUGGAUGACGCGCUUCGACAGACCCAUCGCGCGAUUGAUCAGCACUAUCUCGAGCACAGCACCAAGCAGGAUCAAUGCGCCGCCGAGAUCAUAAAAGUCCGGACGAUGCUGGAGGAAGACGCGAGGGAUAAAGAACGGGCGCGGCAGAGACACCAGGACAUGCAGGAGGCGUGGAACUAUUACUAUCAGUGGUUCCGACAGGCGGAGCAGGAGGCUAAGCAGAAGAAAUCGUCAUCUAAGAGCGGCAAUAGUAGCGGCAGUAGUAGUAGUGGCAGCAGCAGGAGUGGUACUAGUAGUAGUAGCAGUAGAAGAAGUUCAAGCAAGAAAAAGAAGACGACAUCAUACCAUGGACGGCAGACCAGCAGCACCCUUGACGACCUGCUGUACACGUCUUCUGGGGAGGCACGACACGUCCCCGACCACCGAAAACUCAGGCGGUCAGUUUUGGAAUGUCUGAACCAGAUUCUCGGUGAGGCGGGCGUGCGCGCUGACCGCCCCGAGCAAGACGGCCAGAACCACAACCACUUCCAUGCGUACGCCCCGGCAUCAUCUCCACCGUGGGCUGCCCAAUACCAUGCAGACCCCCGCGGCUGGGAACAGCAAAAACCACAACGAGCACCACCACCACAGGGUAGUGCCCCUUUUCCGGCCCGAGAUGAUGACUAUUACUACAAUAACAACAACGACGACGACAGCAACUACGACGGCAAUGGUGAUCCGGGGAAGAGAAAUUCUCUUAGAUACUACCAGAAUAACCCGUUUAUUCACAACGCAGGGUGGGGCGGCCGAGGCCCUAGUUAUCACUAAGAGCGCAACACGUCUUUUCGCAUUAGUUAGUAUCAGGCACAUAUGCGCUGUUGCCUAAGGAGAUAGUAGUAAUAGUAGUAGUAGUAAUAGGUAGUAGACGU